AUGCCGCCUGGUAUAUUUUUCAAUGUGAAUGGGAGAGACAUUCAUGAAGAGAAUGUGGAUCCAGAACUCACUCUUGCCUAUUAUCUAAGAAAUAAGUUAGGUCUGCGUGGCACAAAACUCGGUUGCGAGGAGGGUGUCUGCGGGUCAUGUACAGUAGUCCUCGGGACGUGGGAUGACGGAGAAAACAAGGCGGUGUAUAGAGCAGUGAAUGCAUGUCUGGUACCUCUGUUCCAUGUACAUCGAACGUUUGUGAUUACUGUGGAGGGAGUUGGAAGUCGGGAGAAGAUUCACCCGAUUCAGGAUCGAAUGGCAAGAGGACAUGCGUUGCAAUGCGGUUUCUGCUCCCCUGGCUUCGUCAUGUCUGCAUACGCACUCCUCCGUAACCAUCCAGACCCCUCUAUCGAACAAAUCAACGCAGCUAUCCGUGCCAACCUCUGCCGAUGUACCGGCUACCGUCCCAUUCUGGAAGCUCUUUACAGUUUCAGUCCAGAAAGUGGAGGGUGUUGUGGAGGGAAAAAGAAUGGAGGAGGGUGUUGCAAGGAUCAGAAAUCGAGUGAUGACGAUGAGGGAUACGACGAUAAGCUGCUGAGUUUCAAUGACUUCCCAAAGUACGAUUCGACGCAGGAAAUCAUUUUUCCACCGUCACUCAGGACAUAUGUGGAUUCUGGUGACUUGGUUACCCUAAAAGGUGACCGAGUUGAGUUGGCGAUUCCGAAGAAUUUGGAGCAGUUUAAAUCAGUGAGGGCUGACCGGAAUGUAAUCUCAUCGGGAUUGAUAACAAGAUUCGUGACAUCCCGGAACCCAGCUGGUUUCUCACAGAAAUGGAUCACCACUAGAUAUGUGAAGGAGUUCAAUGAGAUCAAAAUGAGCCAGGACCACAUUGAGAUCGGAGCAGCUGUGAGCAUUCAACGACUCGCCGACACACUCUCCGCCAAUCUUUCCGACAACAUUGCUCCGGAAGUGGCUGCUUUCAUCCAGAAGUUCUCUUCUCCACAGAUUGCUAAUUUUGCGACCUGGUCCGGUGCAAUCGUUUCCGCUGCAAAGUCAUCUAUCUCUGUCAGCGACGUCUUACUUCUUCUGAAUGUUCUCGAGGCUCAACUCACAGUCCUAUUCUCUGAUGGAAGUCUUCAACAAAUCCCAAUCGAAAAAUAUCCUCUUGAUAAGCUCUAUGAGACAGGAACAAUUGUCAAUGUGCAAAUUUCCAGAAAUGAUACCCGCAGACUGUUCUGCUUGAAACUCGGGGAGACAAGUGAGGAAGACUCCACCAACUUCAAUUUCGCAGCUUUAAUUGGUGAUAAGAAACAAGAAUCUAGAAUCUUUGUGGGAUUGGGUGGCCAGCCGAAACGGCUGAAGGAGCUCGAGAAAUAUGUGGAUUCUGGAGACUCUUAUGAGUUGGAAGAGUUGUAUAAGGUGUCUGGAUUAGAGAGGAACAACAACUCGGCAGUUGCAUUGACAAGGCUUAUGAGUUUUUUGAAAGAUGGGAGAAAAGUGGAGGCAAAGGAGAAUGUGAAUUAUCUGCAGUAUUUUAAGCCCACUACCAACGAGUCUGCUGGUCGACCCAUCGCUAACUACUUCAAUGAACGUGCUAUCACGGGAGAAGCCAUCUACGUCAAUGAUAUCCCGGCUUACAACGCCGUUCAUCUUGGCUUCGUUUUGUCAACAGUCCCCCAUGCAGAUAUUGCAAAGGUAGACUACACGGAGGCGCUGAAACUUGAAGGCGUAGCUGGCUACUUCGGUAGAUUUGAUGUUAUUGGCAAUAAUAAACCAGGUCUUCAACAAGCAAAUAUGAACUUCCCCGAUGAUACAACAGUUUUUGCAGAGGGAAAGGUUGAAUGUGUCGGUCAAGUUAUCGGAGUCAUUGCUGCUAACGAUGUGGUUCUUGCUCGAAGAGCUGCUAAACUUGUCAAAGUUGAGUAUAAAAAGCUAAAGCCUUUAACCAAUUUUAAAGAAGCCAGGGAAGCUGAAUCUUAUCUUGGACCUGUUCAACAUUUCGGAAAAGAUGAGAAAAUUCUCAGGGAAGCGUUAGAAAAAUCGAAUAAAGUUUUGGAAGGAGAAGUUAGCAUUGGUGGGCAGGAGCAUUACUAUCUGGAGACUCAGAGUAGCUUGGUCGUGCCAGGAGAGGGAGAUGAGUUAGUGGUGCAUUGCUCAACUCAAGGUACAAGUUUUACGCAGUUGAUGGUGGCGGAGUUCAUGAAAGUUCCAGCUCACAAGGUUAUUGUUAAAACAAAGCGACUUGGUGGAGGAUUCGGAGGAAAAGUGAACAAUGCCUCGUGGAUUGCAUGCAUGUGUGCCGUAGUGGCUCGGAAACUGAACCGCCCGACUUACGGAUUCCUCUCCAGAGCUGAUGACUUGGCUAUCACUGGAAAACGUCAUGGAGUAUUUGCGAAGUAUAAAGUCGGAAUAGAUGCCGAGGGAAAGAUUCAAGGAAUUCAUUAUGAAUCCUGGCUAAACGGAGGAUGGUCUAAGGAUCAUAGUGAAGGCGUCACAAUGGUUAUGGGGAUUAUGGUGGAUGAUGUAUACAAUAUGGGAGUGGUCCGUUUCGAUGGGUACCCUGUAAAAACCAAUUCGAAUAGUAAUACUGCCCUAAGAGGAUAUGGAAAUCCACAAUCGAAAUUGGUCAAUGAAGGUGUUAUGAGAAGAAUCGCCCGGGAAGUUAACAAGGAUGUGGAGGAAAUCAAGAAACUGAAUUUCGCUUUGGAAGGAGAUUCUCGGUUUUUGGGUGCCCGUAUCCACAAUGACGCUCUGGCGGAGUGCUGGGAGUACUGUACGACUUGGAGUGAAUUUGAGAAGAGGAAGCGAAAAAUUGAGCAAUUCAAUCGUACCUCUUCUACGGUAAAGAGGGGUAUCGCAAUGUCAUCUGUCAGAUUUGGAUUACCACAUCCAGGACCAGCAGGACAUGGAAUCGCGAGUCUUCUUGUAAAUCUAGAUGGGUCCGUACAACUCUCAAUUGGAGGCACAGAGAUGGGACAAGGAUUGAAUCAGAAGAUGUUGCAAGUGUGUAGUCAGGCAUUGAAACGGCCGAUUGAGACUAUCACCAUAGUGGAUACCAGUACUGAUAAAGUGACAAAUGCUCCAGAAACCGGUGGGAGCCAGAAUGCAGAUACAAAUGGGUUGGCCGUCUUGGCGUGUUGCCAGAAGAUUAUGUCAAAAUUCAAACCUAUUCUGGAUAAAAAUGAAGGAGAUUGGGAGAAGUCUGUUAGAGAGGCCUAUGGGGCUUUUGUUCCAUUGCAAUGCACGGAGUAUGGAGUUGUUGAGAGAAAUAAGUUUGGAGUCGGCGACAUGGAAUCCCCAUACAACACCACUGGCGCCUGUGCUGUAGAAGUUGAAAUCGAUACUCUCACCGGAUACAACAAAGUGCUCCGUGUAGACAUUGUGAUGGAUGUUGGUGAGAGUCUCAACCCAGCCAUUGACAUCGGACAGAUCGAGGGAGCCUUCAUGCAAGGAUAUGGGUUGGUCACUUGUGAGAAGAUAACUUUCAACAACAGCACGGGAUUCCUCGAGCAGAAUUCCGCUGGGAAAUACAAGAUUCCAAAAGCAAGUGAUGUUCCAAAAGACUUCAGAACCAAGCUACUCGGAAUCAAUAAGGCCAAUGGAGCGCAGGUGUAUUCAUCCAAGGGAAUCGGGGAGCCGCCAUUGAUGAUGUCAUGUGGAGCCGUGCAUUCUGCUAUCAUGUACUGUGUGGAUGAUUGGAGGAAGGAGAAUGGAAUCGAGGAGUUUGUCGAUACAAUUUCGCCGUUGAGCGCUGACAAGAUUCAGGAGUUGUGCUCGAAAUGA